AUGGCGCACGAUGGGGCUGAGGCUGAGGCUGCGGCGAUCGACCUUGAGACGAUGGGACGCAUGGAGCUAGAGCCUUGGGAAAGCGUUCAGCAGCGGCUGGACUCGAUCCGAGCGCGGGCACACCGGCAAAUUCACCUUGAUGGCAAGCUAGAGGAUGCUCUGAAGGGACUCACGGGUGUAAUGGCGGAGCGCAACGCCUCAAUCUGUGCUUGGGGCUCACGCGUGGUGGCCAACUAUGCGCGAGUGGAUGCUGAAGCUCGAGACCUCGUUCUCGAGCUGGGCAGCUUGCCAGCCGUUAUCACCGUGAUGCUUCGACAUGCCAGCGCCGCUGAUCUCGCCAAAGAUGGCCUCACGGCACUACUGUAUCUGUGUGACACUGAGAGUGUCUGCGCCGAAGCUACGGACAAUGGCGUUUUCCAAACAAGCUUGGCAGCAUGCGACAACUUUGAUACGCGUGCCCCAAUUCAGGAGCUGGCCGCUCGCACCCUCGCCAAGGUGGCCACUCAUGAGAGGGGCGCUCAAGCCUUGGUGGAAGCUGGCAUUUUACCUCGCCUUGUGCUGCGUUUGCAAGAGUUUAUGGAUGUACCGGCCACCAUCAUCGGGUGCUUGGAAUGUUUUGGCGCCGCUGCCCGAACACUCGUUGAGUUUCGUCAGCUGGUGGCGCGCUCGUCCAUGGCCAUUCCGUUUGUGCAUGCCUUUCACAAGCACGCCAAGCAUUCCGAGGUAGCAUACCAAGGCUCCGAGCUGGUGGCACGACUCGCCCGCAACCCUGCCGUGCGCCUGGCCCGACACCGAAAAACGGCAAGCGUACAACGUUACGGCACCAAGGCGCUGGAAAACUUGGCACAGCGCGACGAUAAGUUGCGCAUCUAUAUUGCCCAAGCCAACGGGAUCCAAAUUGUCAUGCUAGGACUUCGUGCACAUCUAGACAACGCCCACGUUUUGUCCAAUGCCUUCCAUUGCCUGGCAGUCAUUGCACACGAGGGUAAGGCUCGAGCCAAAGGCUUGCCCUUGGAGUCGUCACUCACUGACAUGGGCUUGUCUGUUUUUGCGAUCUUGUCUCUGACGAUAGACUCGGCCAUGCAUAUCCACAUUAUCCAGAUGCGUGGUGCUGAGGUGGUCGUUUCAGCCAUGCGACGACACCCCGACAACGAGGGUGUAGCCUUCAACGCUGCGAGGCUGCUGACCAAUCUGGCCAUGCAAGCCAAGAAAAAGGCGUCCACUCACAACACUUUUCUCUCAGCCGGGACUCGAGAUAAGUGCUGGAUCGUGACGCGAGGCCUCAUCCACGUGUGGUUUUUCUGUCUUUCGAUAGACGCUGUGCGCGCACGGCUGCAAAGCCCGGUUACAAAGAAGCUGAUCGUGGGAGUAUUAGUACAUUUUGAAGAUGAUGCCGAUGUUCAGCUUGCUGGGUGUCGAUUGAUUGAGCGCCUGGCGUUUAACGAGACUUCCAAGCCGGUGGCUGAUAAAAGCGGAGUGGUUUGUGUGGUGCGUGGUCUGUUGAACCACGCCGAGGAAGAAGACCUUCUUGAAACGGCUACCAUGGCCUUGACAAGCUUAUUGCUUCACGCGGCCAAUCGCGAGACGUUGCUCAGCAUGGGCAAGCUGGAUCUACUCUGGCAGUGUUUGGCUCGAGCACACAACACCACGACGGACCUGGCUGUUGCCAGCAUUGUCAAUGCUUUGGCUUAUGGAAACGACUCGGCAACGGGUGAACUCUUGGAGCUUCAGGCGGCAGAGCAUCUGAUUGCUCGGGCUCGCAGCACUUCCAACUACCAGCAAGCGGCUGUGGUUCUUGCUGCGCUUCGCAACUUGUCGUCCCACCUCGAGCCACAUCGGCGGGCAGUUGUAAAUGCCAACGCAAUUGAAUUCGCGCUUGACAUCAUGCAGCGCUGGAACGGGGACGAGAACAUGUCCUUUUACGCUCUGGCGCUCAUCAACAACCUUUGCCGAUUGCGCGAUGUGGCGCAUGCGGCUGUGAAAACCCGCUUGCCAGCCUUCGUAUUGGCCGUGUUGGAGCACGGGGACCAUGACUCACGGUCGUACCGUGCCGCGUCGGAGUUGUUGGGACGCUUGCCAGAGCUCACAAAGAAGCAGCGACGGGAUAGCUUGCGUGAGGCAUCAGUCAUCGUCCGGGCAGGGCGCUUGUCACCUGACACACAACUCAUUUUGAUCGAGGACGUGGAUGAGGAAGUUGAGAGCAGCAAUGACGAUUCAUUUCGCACUUGGGCAUCUGAGGACGACGGCAAGGACGGCAUUGAGGCACCGCUCUCGGAUCGAGCCACAGCCGACUUGGCCCAGCUGCAGCUGGGGGAGCAGUUUGAGUUUGGCUUGCCCUCAACAUCUCGGCCUCACCGUGACUCACUCACGUCGAACCAUGGUUUGGAGCGCCCGACCCAGUCAAAUGGAAACGUGCAGGAGCAGAAGCGUGUGACUCCGACGACCCCUGCUGGAGCAGCGACCAUGCCGUCACGGAUCAUCGAGGAGAACAUUGCGGAGGAGAGCCAGCCCUAUCGCGUGCAUCAUGCUGCGCUAAGCGAUGCUGGCAACAAGAAAUCGCAUCCAAACACGCGGCCCACAUCCUCAUCCUCAAGCCGUAUGUAAUGUCCACGCGUGCGAAGCACGCCUACAUGAAAGCAUUUUCCAAAGGAAAAAAUUAAAAGAUGAAUGAUG